AUGAGCGGCAAAAGAACUAGAAGUUAUAGAUGCGCAGUACAUCAAAGGGACCGAGAGGUCAGCUCAGAAAACGAUUUCCACCUUCUUCUUGAAGAUCCAACUUUAUUUGCCAGGAUGGUGCACUUAGUGGCUAUGGAAGUGCUCCCAGAAGAGCGAGACAGAAAGUAUUAUCAAGAGAGGUACACCUGCUGUCCCCCGCCACUCUUCAUCAUCUGUGUUACGCUAUUAGAGCUAGGCGUAUUCGCGUGGUACGCUUGGGGCGCGGGCGGAGUGGCGGCGGCGGCUGGACCCGUGCCGGUGGACUCGCCCCUCGUGUACCGACCGGAUAGACGCCGCGAACUUUGGCGCUUCCUCACUUACAGCGUUGUGCACGCAGGCUGGCUCCAUCUAGCGUUCAACCUUCUUGUACAACUCGCGGUGGGACUACCACUGGAAAUGGUGCACGGGGCGGUUCGCUGCGGAGCCGUGUAUCUAGCGGGAGUGUUAGGCGGGUCCCUGGCAGCUUCGGUACUGGACCCAGACGUGUGCCUUGCGGGUGCCUCUGGUGGUGUCUACGCUUUACUUGCGGCGCACCUUGCCAACGCGCUGCUCAAUUUCCAUGCGAUGCGAUACGGCGCUGUCAGGCUGGUCGCUGCGCUGGCAGUCGCGUCUUGUGACGUCGGAUUUGCUGUACACGCUAGAUAUACUAAAGAAGCGCCGCCGGUGUCAUACGCGGCUCACGUGGCGGGGGCACUCGCUGGGCUCACAAUCGGCCUACUGGUGUUGAAGCACGCACAGCAGCGCCUCUGGGAGCGAUUACUGUGGUGGGCGGCUCUCGGCGCGUACGCGGCGUGCACUCUCUUCGCCGUCCUCUACAACAUCUUCAGUGGACCUGUCGACGAGCUUCACUAUAUGCCACCCGACCCACCGCCUGACGUCGCCGGAUUCUGA